UUGGAGACGUCGAGAUCAGGCAGACCGCAGUCUGCUGAGUUGUGUCGACAGUGAUGAUGGGUUGGUUGUUGGUGUUGAUGUGAGCCAGACAAGAAUAAUGCGGGCAACUUCAUUGCCUGCCUUAUCUGGCAGGCGCCGCCCAGCCGGAGCACUAGGGGCCUCUGGCAACCGUGCACGGCCUAGCUCCCGCCUGUCCUCCGCCUUGUCCGCCUACUCCGUGCUGCCGGCCGAAACGCGUCAAGCGACCCUAAGCCGCAGCGCGUCUCGUCGCGCCUCCCGCUCAGGAAGCAAUCACGACCAAGCAUGAGAACAUGAGAACAUGACAAUUAUUAGCACAAAUACCACCCAUGCCUUCUGAGUGGGGCUGAGCUCCGCCAACACCAGCCAGCAUGGAUGCUGAAUACAAGACCAGGACACGGUCACUUAUUGAUGAUGUCGUCCAAGCUUCUAAAGUGCCUGCAAAGAGGCGUGUCGUCGACGUCAAGCCAAAAGUUGCAGAGUUGGCUUCCGUCGCGUACAGCCAAGGCUUGCUUCCAGAUGAGCUCCUUGACCUCAUCGACUUGGUCGUCUCGCCCUCCCACCUGGACCAGGCCAGCCUCAACUCCAUCAUCAAGAAUCUCUACCCCACCGGCAAAGUCUCCGAAGAUGUUAUCAUCAGGACAGUCGGGUGCCUAGGCCUUGGCGAGAUCAGACCAUCUCUCACCCUGCAGAGUGCUCUGCUCAAUUGGGUCAUCCAGGUCUACCAUGUUCUCGACCUCAAGGCGCAGGCCGUGCUGUCCAGGGCAUACGGCGUAUUGUUCAACCUCCUGGAUGUUUCUGCCACCAGGCCUCAGCUGUUCCACAUCCUGGCAAUUAUCACAAGGCGCAAGCAUGUCCAGCAUUACCGCAUACAAGCUCUGCUGAACCUGUCGAGGCAGGCUGGCAACGACCGGCACUUGCAAGGCUUGCUGCGGGUCUUCAGGAAUUACUACCCCGAGAUUAUAGUCGGCAAUACCGCAAAGGGGACCCCUUUCAAAGUCCCCGACCCAGAGUGGCGGGAUAGGCUGUCCGUCAUCCAGAAAAUGCAUCGCGACCUAGAGCAGAGUAACCUCCAAGGCCCUAAAGAUGGCUUCAAGAUCAACCAGCAACUCCUGACUGGCUCCAAGGGCAACGGGUUGGGUGGUCUUCCGCCCGUGCAAACAUCUAAUUCACAUGAGAAAUCGGUCACCUUGGAGGAGAUCGACAGCGCAGAAAGCCUGGCCGCGAAUCUCGACAAGAUUGAGCUGCCGGAUCACCUUGUUGCUGUCCUGGUUGACCCGCUCCUCCAGAAGUUUAUGAUUCUCCGCCCGGACUUGAACCUCAGGAGGGCGUCGGCUUGGAUGGACGUGCAACUCGCCGAGAUUCUGAACGGUGACGCGGACGAUCGAACUGUCGGGGACACGCUCAGAGUUAUUCUCGAAUAUGCACGGGCGACCAAGGAUAUAUCACCCUUUUUCGCCGGCAUCAUCAAGAUGAUAGGACUGCGCCUGCACCUGAAGGCUGAUGUUCGAGUACACGAUCUUCUCGCCUACGCGCCGCUGAUGGGCCCUGAAGACUUCUCCUUCAUGGCGUCCACGCUACAGACGGCGAUACUAGACGGCUCCGCUGCGUCACAACUGGACCUCCUGGCACUAUACACCAAUAUGCUCCGCCACUGGAACGUCAUCCUGUUGGCCUCCGAGGCUUCCAUCCCCAAACACGCAUCCGAGUCCAUAGACAGGCUCAUCUCGCACGCAAACCAGCUCGCCCUAACCGCCCUGCAGACCUCGCCCACGGCGCACACGGCCCUCAGUGUCCUUGACUUCUACGAGCGCGCCGCGCACGUCUACUCCAACGGCACGCUCCUGCGGUCCCUGCAGAUCACCAUCCCGCCCGUGCCGCUCGUGUACACGCUGCAGUUCACCACGUCGCUCGCGGUCGAGUCGCGGCUCUGCUCUGUGUUGGCCGCCUACAAGCAGGCCUUUGCCACGUACAUGGCCAACGCGGCCAAGGCGCUGGGCCCCCAGUACGACAAGGCCCAGGUCAACACCUUCAACGGCUUCCUGAUGGACAUCUGCAACUGCCUGUGGCGGGGCAAGGCGUUUGCUACGCGUGACGCCCAUGCCAGGGGCUGCAUGUUGUCCGCUUCGCCCGCGUCCGCGCUGACCGCCCACGUCGCAGGGCUCUCGUCCGGCUCCGGCGCGGGCGACAUGGCCCUCCUUACGCUCUUCACCAUGAGCUACAGCCCGCUGCUGUGCAUGCAGGCCGCAGACCACCUGCGCCGGCUCGAGGAGAAAGAGGACGAGGACGUUGUGCUGCGCGUCCGCCACGCCGGGCCUGUGACGGCCAAGAGCCUCGGUCAGCUCGCGCGUAGGGGUGGGCUCGAGCUUACAUGGCAGGACUAUCGACUGGGUGUGCUGAGGCACCUGGAGGCGGAGGGGUUCGGGGGCAUCUCGGAGCUGAUGUACAGCACCAUGCGGAACCUGUUGGACGCAAAGGCCAAGGGCUGACAUGAGAUGCAAUUCACUCGACUUGAGAGAGCUCGGAUAUCCACAUAAGACGACAACGUAGAUUGGUGGUUCGAGACUAUCUUCCCAUGUCAUGCGAUGAGUCUAUUCAUCUGUAAUCGAGUCUGUCUGAUCUACAAUUCCAACGUGUAAUGUUAAAGUACACCGUCUCUCUGACCCACCCGAUGAGGGGUAUAAUCCGAUGGAAACAGCCGCAACGCCUAUUUCACCAUACCUCCCGUUUACCAAAGACCGCCCACCUGUUGAAGCCCCCUCUCUUCCGCGAGCACAUGUUGAAAGGCAUAUUCCUGCCCUCUGUCUGCCAACGCCAUGUUAAAUGCGCUUCGUGGUAACCCCACCCCCCUUUUAAACACGCCAUUGCCAAAGUGCCAAACGAGUCUUCAAACUCCGCGCAACAUGCUGUGUUGAAAUGUGACGUCCACACACCCUUCCUCACACCUCUCUCCUACUUCCUGGCCUCCAGCCCAUAUCCGCCCAGCUCGGCACCCCCCAUACCAUAAGUCUUGCCCUCCGGCGCCCUCCGGUUCUGGCUGCGCGGGCCCCUGUCCUUGAGGUCGUCCCUCAGCCAGCCCAGGACCAGCUCCCCGAGCCGCGAGUUGCCCGUGUCCCCCUCGAGCCUGCUGAGGAACUUGUCGGUGGUGUCCCACUCCCUCACGCCGCCCAUGUGCAUGUGGACGAGGUGCGUCGGCCAGCCGGCGAGGUUGUCGAGGAUGUGCGUCGCGUAGACGAUGGUGCACUCGCGGCUCUCCGUCUCCCCCUUGAGCCACGCCAGGAACUCGGCGCGCGACAGGACGUCGAGGUCGACCGUGAUCUCGUCGAGCAGCAGCACGGUCCACGGCCGCACCAGGCCCAUGGCCAGCUGCACCCUGCGCCUCUCGCCGUCGGACACGGCGCUCAUCCGCCACGCCUCGUCAAUGUCCAGCACCCGCACCAGCUCGUCGCGCCGCUCCGGGUAGUGGUCGCCGCCCACGGACCGCAGCAGCUCGACCACCCCGAUGUCGGUGCGCACGAUUGGGUUCAGCACCCACUCCAGCCCCAGGUACGUCACGCCCUCCAGCCCGUCCUUGAACGGGUCCACGCCCGACACCGAGAUGGCGCCAGAGGGGGCGAGGCGCUUGCCCGCGAGGAGGCGGAGGAGGGUCGUUUUCCCCGCGCCGUUGGCGCCGAUCAGCAGCGUGCGGGACCGUGGGGGUAGGGAGAGUGUGAUGUCGUGGACGCCUAGGGAGGAGUCGGCGAAGGAGUAGGUGAGGUUGUUUACCUCGAUGGAGGGGGCUUUGGCCAUGGUUUCUUCUUGUGCGUGCAAAGGAAGGAAGGGUUGGGAUGGUUGUGUGAGGGCAAAAGUGAUGUUGAUCUCAAAGUCUCCCAAGAGUUCAGAUCCGAUGUGCUACGGAACAGGGCUGUGUGAUGCUUCCUCUCCAAGAGAAUGUGCUCCAAUGAUGCCGAGGCUGUACGAGUUCCCAAUGAGUCAGUCAGUCUAUGACGAUGGAGAAGUCGAAACUGGUCAAGGCUGAGCGCGAACAAACCGGGAGAUAGGUACGGUGUUGUCCCCUUGAAAAAAUAAUAUCAACAGUGUGAGCUCACCAAUUGAAUCAACUGCACGAAUCUACCGUACAGGUGAGGCCGUACACACAUACAGGAGAAAAGUAACGCCAGAGGAAGAAGUCAAGAUCGAU